GUUAGGUUUGCCAAGAGAGGGGCUUCGACUGUGCAGCGGCAACCAAGCGCAUUGCAAGUGGACGACACACGUAGAGAGGGCUAGAGAAACAAGCUGUCAAGCUAGCUCGCCAGCAACCCUGUCCUUUACUACAUAUCUACUCGCUAUCAACAGCAGAUAUCCGCUGCAAACCCAGGGAACGCCUGCAGAAACAUAUAAACCCUGUUACAGAGUGGAAGGCAACGUUUCGAACAGUCACAAGCCCUUCGAAAAGACGGAGACAUGGCAACCACAACUUGUACACGUUUUACGGACGAAUAUCAGCUAUAUGAAGAGCUUGGAAAGGGAGCAUUUUCAGUGGUGCGCCGUUGUGUGAAGCUGUGCACCGGCCAAGAGUAUGCUGCUAAAAUAAUCAACACCAAAAAGCUCUCAGCCAGAGAUCAUCAGAAGUUGGAACGUGAAGCUCGUAUCUGUCGUUUGCUUAAGCACCCCAAUAUUGUUCGUCUCCAUGACAGUAUAUCAGAAGAGGGGUUCCACUACCUCCUCUUUGACUUGGUGACAGGAGGGGAGCUGUUUGAGGACAUUGUAGCCAGAGAGUAUUACAGUGAAGCCGAUGCCAGUCACUGUAUCCAUCAGAUUCUAGACAGUGUCAAUCACAUUCACCUACAUGACAUAGUUCACAGGGACCUGAAGCCAGAGAACCUGCUCCUGGCCAGUAAGUGUAAGAACGCCGCCGUCAAACUGGCUGACUUCGGGCUGGCCAUCGAGGUGCAGGGGGAUCAGCAGGCCUGGUUCGGUUUUGCUGGGACACCGGGGUACCUUUCCCCUGAGGUUCUGAGGAAGGAGGCCUAUGGCAAACCUGUGGAUAUCUGGGCCUGUGGUGUGAUCCUGUACAUUCUGCUGGUGGGUUACCCUCCUUUCUGGGAUGAAGACCAGCACAAACUGUACCAGCAGAUCAAAGCAGGAGCCUAUGACUUCCCCUCUCCUGAGUGGGACACAGUCACCCCAGAAGCUAAGAACCUGAUCAAUCAGAUGCUGACCAUCAACCCAGCCAAGAGGAUCACCGCCCAGGAGGCUCUCAAACACCCAUGGGUCUGCCAACGCUCCACAGUGGCCUCCAUGAUGCACAGACAGGAAACGGUGGAAUGCCUGAAGAAAUUCAACGCCAGGAGGAAACUGAAGGGAGCCAUUCUCACCACCAUGCUGGUGUCACGAAAUUUCUCUGUGGGCCGGCAGACCACAGCUCCGGCCUCUGUUGCCGCGGCAGCUGCCGCUGCCGCCGCCGCCGGCACUACCGCAGGGCUGGUGGAACAAGCAGCCAAGAGUAUGCUGAACAAGAAGGCAGAUGUCAAGCCACAGUCAAACAGCACGAAAAACAGCAUAGUCACCAGCCCCAAAGGAAACGUGACUUCUUCUGCUCUGGAGCCUCAGACCACAGUUAUCCAUAAUCCAGUGGAUGGGACUAAGGAGUCGUCUGACAGUAGUAACACCACCAUCGAAGACGAGGAUGUAAAAGCACGCAAACAGGAGAUCAUCAAGAUCACCGAGCAGCUGAUCGAGGCCGUGAAUAACGGAGACUUCGAGGCGUACGCGAAGAUCUGUGAUCCUGGCCUGACCUCUUUUGAACCUGAGGCUCUGGGGAACCUGGUGGAAGGAAUGGACUUCCACAGAUUCUACUUUGAGAACUUGCUGUCUAAGAACAAUAAGCCCAUCCACACCACCAUCCUAAACCCCCAUGUGCACCUGAUUGGGGAGGACGCCGCCUGCAUCGCCUAUAUCCGCCUCACGCAGUUUGUGGACGGGCAGGGCCGGCCACGCAGCAGCCAAUCAGAAGAGACCCGCGUCUGGCACCGCCGUGACUCCAAGUGGCAGAACGUCCACUUCCACUGCUCUGGCGCCCCAGCUGCCCCCCUUCAGUGAAAGGAAAGACCGCUGCGGCCAUGGCUGUCAAGUGCCCAGGGGAAGAGAGGGAGAUAAGGAGGGAAGGAAGGAGCAAGGAAGGAGAACGAGUCCGGAGUUGGGAGAGCUUUGAUCAUGACCACGGAAGGCCCUCCCACUUCUGGAACCCGUCCUCAACCGCAUGCACAUGUCUUUACAACUACCGCCAUCUGCUGGGCUGUCCUAACUACUGCACCUGCCAACAAACACCCCCCCACCCCAAAAAAAACCCCCACCCAACCGAUUGCCAACCUACCAAGUCACCAAUGACCCAAACCUCCCCUCGCCCCCCCCCCCCCCCCCCCCUCGUCCCCCCAACUAUCGCCCCAUGACCCCACGUGGCAAAAGUGUACAGCUGCAGCCACAGCAGCCGCUAGCACCUCAAAGAGUGUAAAAAAGACUCAAGUUUUAUCAGCCCAGUAUUAGAACCCUUUCAGUGUGUUUUCUGUUGCCACACUGUUCAUGUCACGCUCGUGUUGCGACUGUCUUUGAGUCACAGUGCACAGGCGCGCCAAAGUAUGUGUCCCUUAUGUAAAGUUUUAAACCGAAUUAUUAUUAUGAUUAUUCUUACUAUGAUGGUUAGUCUAACUAUGGCGAUUGUAUAUUUCAUUGGUUAAAAAAAAUAUGUUAUUGAUUCCAGUGGUUUUUAGUUUAAUUAAGAUUAUUCAUUUUAAAUAUAUCUUUUUAAGUAGGCAUGACUUUUUUGGUAUUUGCUUUGUUUUUUUAAAUUGUGCUCGAGUAAAAGAUCUCUUAUGGCAGUUUUCCACAGUAUUUUUGUCUGUUAAUGGUAGUGCUAAACAUCCUGGGAUUCGAACGAAAGAAGUGUCUUCUGAGACAGAAGGGUGUGUGCGCUGGGUUAAAGGCCGUCUGUGUGUGUGUGUGUGUGUGUGCGUGUGCAUGUGUGUGUGUGUGUGUGUGUGUGUGUGUGUGUGUGUGUGUGUAUGCGUGUGCGUGUGCGUGUGUGUGUGUGUGUGGGAGGGAGAGGAGGCCGAAGCCUGUUUCAGCAGUUGAAGAUGUCAUUGGCUGCUGAAGCUCAUCAGCUGUACCCUCUGAGGGAUGGACCUGCAGGGGGUGUGCCCGCGUACAGUCGCUGUUUUCUGUCCUUCCUUUCGCUUCCUUCAGCAUCAUGUCUCAGGAGGUGAAUCUAAAGUUUGCUGCGUCAGGUCUGUCCCUGCCUGAGUGCUCAGGAUUCCGGGAGGUUCCAUCAGUCGCUGCAGCGACACAGUCAGCAGACCUGGGCGUGGCUCACCUGCGCAGAAGAUCGCCUGUGUUUAAGCCUUCAACACUCUGUCGGCUUCCAUCAUCGUCGUCGUAUCGAUCACCUUCCGUUAACUGUUCACGGCCUCCAGCACUCAAAUGAGUCCCGCCCCCCGAGAGUCAGGGUGGGAGGCGCCCCCCUUCCUCUGCGCCUCAUUGGCUGUGCCCGACGCACAGCCCCAUUCAACAGCAAGCCAUUCUGUACCAGACGUGGUGCUCCACCACUGUGUGUGUUUGUGUGCGUUUGCCAUCGCUAAACAAAUUUUCUAACACAGAGCAGGCACCAGCCAAACCGAACAACAUUCUCCAUGUUGUAUAGCACUACACAUCCCAUAAGACUUUGGGAGGCAUGUGGUUGCCAGGCAAUGGGACACCUCUGUGCAUGAAUAGGGAAAACGGGGGCACUCGUCUCUGUAGAGGGGAGCAAUGGGGGAGAGGUGAACUCUUUGAUGGGGGAUUGCCGGAAGGAAGUUAGUUUGAUGCUUUCACAAAACAGCAAGUGAAGUAGACUUGGAAGUUCCUCUAUCACAUCUUCGGCAAGCGCUAGAUUCUAGCUGUGGGGAACGGACGAGUUUGUUGCUCGUGGACGUUUCUCGAAAGUGAACAGUGAAAAUGGAGAGCAGAGAUACCGUGAGGCAUUUUUGUAGGUCUUGCCACCCUGAAGGUUUUUUUUGGAGGAGCAACAGUCCAGCUAACAUAAAGCAUUCUCACAAUGUUGGUAAUAUGUUGUAAUAGCAUUGUUGCAAGGUUGCAAUAUUACAGCAAUGUUCUGAGAAUGUUUUUUGUUCUGGGUAUUCUCAGGUUGUAGGGGCUAUGGAGUAGCUCUGUGGCUUUGUGUUAGGUUGGACCCAGUGUUUUUUUCAGGAAGGCUUCAUCUGAAUGAAAUCCAGUCCUUGUACCUCUCGUCACAGUCUUUUAUUAUUGUGUUUUGUUUAUUUUUUUAUUACUGUGGUUAUUGUUAUUUUUCAUUAAUGCAUUACUCUGUAUAUGCAGUGCUUGCUAUUUUUUGUACAUAAUUUAUGGAGAAACUAUGACUUUUUUAGUUGCAUUUACAUCGUUUUUCCUCUUGCUUUUUUUGUUUUGUUUUUCAAAUGGAAUUUUUGGAACUUGUGGAAAAUUUGUGGACACGGGUUCGAAAUGUUAUGAUUGCUAUGACAACAACCGAUGGACCCUUCUGCCGGGUUUCUCAAGCGAGCAGGAUGUGUUGUUGGAGAGGGUAACGAAAAAGACUACCUCUCCGGCAUUGUGUUUCCUUGGGCUUUGCAAUUGGCAAGUGUGGACUGAAAUGUUGGAAGGGUGAAUGAAGGAAUCCAGGACACUGUGAAAGAAAAUUGAAAUGUGUAUGAGCCCAAAGGUGAAGCGUUUUCCCAGGGAGAAGUGGUCCGGCAGACCCGGUCCCAGUUGUCCUGCAGUGGAACAGUGCAGUGUGUUGGGCCAGUGCACCUUCCCCUGCGUUUCCUCUCACGCACAACAUAGGGCUCCAGUGCACUGAGCCAUCUGAAAGGGAAGAGACAGAUUAGCUGUUAAAAUGGACGCUGUUAAGUCAGUCCUCAGGUUUAUAUUUAUUUAUUUAUUUAUUUACAGCAUAUUGUUUGAUUUUUGCGUGUUCCUGAUGUGCUACUCAUAAUUACCAUGGUUCUGUGCAUUUAUUUGUUUUUGUGGUGUUACCCCUCCUUCAACCUUAACAUGAAAAGGAGAAUUUUGCUAAUCAGGCAAUGCAGGUCACAUGGAAGAUUCUCAAAUGGGGUGUGUCACUAUCACACCUCAUUUCCUGAAAAAUUAGGGUUGACCUAAAAAAAAAGAACAAAGCUGUGACAUCAUAGACAGGUAUAAUUAUUAAUGCUAUAAUUUAAAACUCAUGUAAAGUAUUCUCCUGUGUUCUGAUACACAUGAGAACCUGUGUGGACAUUUGUAAUUUAUGUUUGCUGUUGCCGUUGCUGUUUGAUUGGGGUUUUGGCCCUUAUUUUCUGUGAAAUGUGGGGUUGGUCAGACCCUGACAUUUUGUUUCAGAAAAAUAAGGUUGUGAAACAGCCUGUUGAUCAUGUGACUCCUCUUCCCCCCUCCACAGGAAAUAUAGCAGCAUGUUGACAAAGUGUUGUUCAUAUGUUCUUCUUUGUGUGUUUAGCAUUGCAAAAUAAUAAUUAAAAUACAUAUAUAUCAGAUAAACUUUUAAAAAAAGAAAAUAUAUUGUAAAACUACAUUUACCUGGUUAUAUCAUAGAUGGCAUUUAUUUGCAUGAACAUUUUGACAGGAAGAUAAGUUUAGGUGUUCUUAUUUUCUUUUUUUUACUGAAUGCUGGUAAUAUAUGAACCUUUAUCUAUUUUCUGAGCUUUGUACGUGCAUAAAGUAUUUUUGUCUCAAGAUAAAACGACAAUGUGAUGUUGAUGAUGAGGACAUCAUCAAUUAUGAUUGUAAGGCAUGUUUUUAUACAGGACUCCUUGUUGUUAAGGCAGAGGAUAGUCACUCAAGAUGAGAGUGUGUGUGUCUGUAAGUGAGGGUAUCACGGAUAAAAAAGUGGAAACACAGGUGUAAUCGAGGUGCCUGACUUCCAAUAUUUUCAAUACUUCCGAACAGUAAAAACAGUUUUCAACUACAAAUGGUUUUAAUUCACUUUUCACAAAGGCUACUUGGAUCACUUUGGGCACUAACUAACCAGCAAUCUUUACAUUAGGAAUAGCAGGUUGAUGUGUCCCUUCAUAUCAUUUUAAUAAGCCUUUGCUCACGAAAACUCUACCACCACCUCUAAUUGGAAGACACUGGAAAUGGCAGGAUUGGUGUAUGCAGACUCUACACGUCUCUACACAAGAUUAUGGGCACUAGUGCAGAGUAGGAAACCCGAUUUGUGUGGGUGUGUGCAUGUGUGAGUCUUUGUUCUUCAUAAAAACGGAAGUCUCCACACUCCUGACUCUCCGCUGCCCUGACAACUCUGAGCGAAGAACUCCGUAGUGUUUCUUCAAUCAUUUUACUAAUCCCCUUUACCUUUUUUUCUGUUGAAAACUCAUCAUAUAAAUAUAUAUAGUUUCUCUGAAGAUGAGCCUCA